CUCAUCUCUCUCAACACCAUGACUCCACAUCACGAAGCCUUCGGACGCUUCUACCGAGGUCUUCAUGGUACUCGGUGGCUAUUUUAGCUUCUUUAUUUCGCCAAGGGGUGAAUGCUGAUCUUUGCCUGCGCCGCCCGCGUAUGUCGUACCUUCGUACAACAUGGGAGCAUCAACCACCAACCUCUGGAUGACAUGUACCUGACAAAUGCACCCGACCUGGCCGUGGAAGAACAAGCCGCCGCGUCCGUCCAAUCUUGCACCAUUCAUAUCGUUCAUGAUGCUAGACUAUCGCCCUCUCCACCAGGCACCUGCAGGUCCUUGGCGCCGCCAAUCACUGGGCACGCGUAAUCAAUUUGGAACCCGCCAGCGAUCUGCAGCUUCCUAGAAUGGCCUAUAUAGAAUGCAGUCCAAGGACUCCAUUCGAGCGAUUGCGUGUCCUUCCACCUGUUUCUCAACACCAAUUCUAGAUUGACAGAACUCGUCACUAUGUUGCGAUCUCUAGCAGUCUGCCUUGUAGGCCUGUCCUCCGCGUUCGCCUCCUCGGUCGCGCUUCCCAAUGUGUUCGUGGCUCAUGAGGGAGAGCCAAAGGGCUUCUUCAAGAACAUUAGUGGAGUAAACAUCUACCACUCGUACCACAACCAAAACGUUACAACUGGUGGCAAAGCUGUAUUAUUUGUGUCUGAUAUCUACGGUGUUCCCCUACUGGAAAACAAGCUCCUUGCAGACUCCAUAGCUAGCGCAGGUUACACGGUCAUAUUUCCUGACCUCUUCAAGGGCGAUGCUGUACCCUCCGACGACCGCGAAGGCCCAGCCCUCAACUUAACAGAAUGGCGUACCCGCCACCCCACUGCCGAGAUCGACACUAUCCUUGGCCUGACGGUCGACUACAUCCACAACGACCUGAACAUCAGCAGAAUCGGCGGCGUGGGAUACUGUUUCGGAGGCAAAUACGUGCCGCGGUUUUUGGCUGAGGGCAAGGGCAUUGACGUGGGGUUUAUCGCGCAUCCAAGCGGGCUUGAGGCUGCGGAGAUCCAGGGAAUCAAUGGGCCAAUUACUAUCGCAGCCGGUGAACUUGACAACGCCUUCAACUCUACCGGACGAUACAACGCGGAGGCCAUACUCACCGCCAAGAACGCAACUUACCAAACCAACUUCUAUUCCGGGGCCCCGCACGGGUUCGCAGUCCGCCCAAACAUCACCAUUGCGCGCCAGAAGUAUGCUAAGGAGGCGUCGUUCCUGCAGGCGGUCUUGUGGUUUGCUGCGUGGCUAUGAAGUCAGCUCCUGUUACAAUCCUUACAGGGACCUGUUACAAAAUAAAGCACAUGGCAAAUCUCUCAUUAUCAUGCUUCUCGCCAAUGUGGAUCUUCCCAUGUGCAGGUGUGCAGGCGUGUCGCUCCAAACG